GACCCUGUUUCGUUUCCAGCCAUGCCCUGUGUUCAGGCUCAGUAUGGGUCCUCGCCUCAAGGAGCCAGCCCGGCCUCCCAGAGCUACAGUUACCACUCUUCGGGAGAAUACAGCUCCGAUUUCUUAACUCCGGAGUUUGUCAAGUUUAGCAUGGACCUCACCAACACUGAAAUCACUGCCACCACUUCUCUCCCCAGCUUCAGUACCUUUAUGGACAACUACAACACAAGCUACGACGUCAAGCCACCUUGCUUGUACCAAAUGCCCCUGUCCGGACAGCAGUCCUCCAUUAAGGUGGAAGACAUUCAGAUGCACGGCUACCAGCAGCACAGCCACCUCCCCCCCCAGUCCGAGGAGAUGAUGUCCCACUCGGGCUCCGUGUACUACAAGCCCUCAUCGCCCCCGACCCCCUCCACGCCCGGCUUCCAGGUGCAGCACGGCCCCGUGUGGGACGACCCCGGCUCCCUGCACAACUUCCACCCCAACUACGUGGCCACCACCCACAUAUGGAAAUCGUUCCAGGCCAACCCCGACUACCAGAUGAGCGGAGACGACACCCAGCACAUCCAGCAGUUCUACGAUCUCCUGACCGGCUCCAUGGAGAUCAUCCGCGGGUGGGCAGAGAAGAUCCCCGGCUUCACCGAGCUGCCCAAGACGGACCAGGACCUGCUCUUCGAGUCCGCCUUCCUGGAGCUGUUCGUGCUGCGCCUGGCGUACAGGUCAAAUCCAGUGGAGGGCAAGCUUAUCUUCUGCAACGGGGUAGUCCUGCACCGGCUGCAGGGGGUCCGCGGCUUCGGGGGGGGGGGGCACCCCUCACCUCCCGCGUCCUUCUCUUUUGCAGAGAGGCACGGGCUUAAAGAACCCAAGAGGGUGGAAGAACUCCAAAACAAGAUUGUAAAUUGUCUCAAAGACCAUGUGACUUUCAAUAACGGGGGGCUGAAUCGCCCCAACUAUUUGUCCAAACUCUUGGGGAAGCUCCCCGAACUUCGCACGCUUUGCACGCAGGGCCUGCAGCGCAUUUUCUACCUGAAACUGGAAGAUUUGGUGCCACCGCCAGCAAUAAUCGACAAACUUUUUCUGGACACUUUGCCUUUUUAAGACUCUUCCCCAUGCACUUCCACUGAACCGAGGAGAAACGUCGCCUGCCUGAAGGGGAAUUCGCCUGGGCCCCAAGCAGCGCCUCUGGGUGCCAGCCCCCCCAUCCCAAACAGUGUUGCCACCCCCCGGCAGGCGGGACGCGAACGGGCAUUUUGGCUCCGGGGCAUCACGGAUGCAGAUCAUGGACUACACAAAUACCAUGGUAUAAACUUUUUAUUAUCAGCUUAUAAAUGAAUUUAUUAUUAAGGACUUCUGAUUAAAAAGAUGAACAUAUCUGGCGACGCCGGGUGCGCAGCUAAGACUCACGCGGUGACAGACAAAGCGUUAAGGUGACCCACGAGUCUCGCCCUCCUAAAGACUAGAAGUUUUCUGCUGUAAAAGAAAGCUGUAAUAUAUAACAAAACCUAAAUGUUGCGUGGGUGGCAUGUCAUUAAAGAAGGCGAAGGCUUGUAAAUUUAUCAGAUGCAGUUUGGCUUUUUAAAAAUUAUU